AUGAACGAUCCCGGCGCCUCGUCUGCUUCGCUCGCACCGGCAUCGGAGCGUCACAUCGGCAGCAACCCUUCGCAGCCACGGCCAACGUGGACGGAGGCAGAGACCUGGGUCUUGAUCCGGCUGUGGGAGGACCACCUCCCGCAACUCCGAGGGGAGAAACAUAACGCCAAAGUGUAUGAUGCCAUUGUCGCAGCUCUUGCGCAGAGCGGCAUCAAGAGAACUCGCCGGCAGGUGCAGACCAAGAUCGACAACCUGACCCAGAGAUACAGAAAAGAGUCGCGGGAAAGGACGACAGUGUUCUCGCCGUCUCCCUGGCCAUUCUUUUCUGAAGUACACAGAAUCUUGGGUGCCCUGCCGGCGAAUGAUCGCUCCCUCAUUCAGGAGAGCCCUUGCUCUCCAGAUGAAACUGUAGAAAUGAUAAUUUCCAGCAUGGAACGUUCCAAUGGAAACACGUCUGGAGAGGAGGAGGUGGCAGACGCAAGCGAUAGCCAAGGGCCUGCAUCGACCACACAACAGCGCCGCCCACAAAAGCGGAAGAGGCAGAGUGCCACUGAGAACUUCAGGAAUAACUUGCUCGAACAGCAAAAUAAGCUGAUUGCUACGUUGCAAGAGGCAACUAAAGUUGACCAAGCUCUGCGGGAGCGGCAAGUAAAUGCGCAAGAAAAGUUGGUGGACCUGCUGUCGCAGUAUUUUAAUAAAUAA